GGGCUGGAGUCGCGUGUACCUCACACCGUGACAGCGGGCUGGAGUCGCGUGUACCUCACACCGUGACAUCGGGCUGGAGCCGCCUGUACCUCACACCGUGACAGCGGGCUGGAGCCGCCUGUACCUCACACAUCCUGGUACAGAUUAUCACACAGUGUUGUAAGGGAGCGAUUUCAAGAAUUUAAGCCGGCAAACGACACAAAGCUGGGUGACAGUGUGAACUGUGAGGAGGAUGCUAUGAGAAUGCAGGGCGACUUGGAGAUUUUCAAGGAGUUGCACAAUGGAAAACGACUAUGCAGAACUGCUGCCCCGUGUUUGUGCUGUGUUGGGAGACUCCAGAAAGUCCGUUGUUGAUGAUACUUGUUUGGAGAAGCUACUUGACUGUUUCCAAGCAAUAACAGGAAAUGAAACGGAGCUCUGUAUCUUGCAGAAGAUUCCAUGUCUGAUAAAUAUUGUAAAUGCUUCCAAGCAGAAGGACCUUAAUCCAAGCAUCUUGUCAUUCAUUAUGCGACUGACAGGACUACUCGCAGCUUCUGAAGAUCAUUUCUGUAAACUGGAGGCUGAUGGAAUUAUGAACAGUCUGUUUGGGAAUCCUGCAAACUUUGAGACAGAAGCAUGGAAGGAUGCAACUGUACGCUGCGGAUGGCUCUUGGGUAUCCAGAAUAUGCUGCACCACGAAGCUCUGAUUCACUUUCUCUGUAAACAUGACUGCAUCUCUGAGAUUAUAUGGCUUCAAAACGAUCCAAGUAUUUUUGUGGCCUCAACAGCAAGUCAACUUUUAGCAAACAUUUUAUCUUUCACUUUACAACAUUCUGAAUUUGCUACAUUGAAAACUAGCAGCAAAAUUGAAGUAACUGAUGCAGUUGGUACAGUUACUCAACUGAACUCAACUGUUUGGUCUGAGUGUGUCUGUGCAAUUACUGAACACAUUGACAAGUUUCUGAGAUCCAACAUCACUUCCAACAUUCAACAGUCCCUGAAGCUACUAUCGAAGAUUUCUGUAACCUGCAGUCCAGUUUGUUUUUCAUCGCUGUGGCUCAAGAUAGAAGGAAGUAUAAAAUUACUUCUAAAUGGUGAUCUGACUACAAUUGGCCAGCCUUUGGCAGAACUACUCUUGAAUGUAUCCAGAAGUACAAGAUGUGAAGUACUGCACUCCAAGACCUGGGAAUUACUUCGCAUCUUACUGAGCUCACUGAAUCAGGCUGAAGCAUUGCCAUUAGCAACAGGGAUCCUAACGCUCCAGAACUGUCCACAGCCACUGAGGAUGCAGGCCAUGACAACAAUGUUCCAGCCACUGAAUUACAUCUUUAACAUGACUUCUGCACAACCCAAGGAUGCUGCAGUUCCAGUUGUGCUGGAUGAAGGCUCAAAUCACAGGGUUGAUAUUGAACAACAUCUUUCCAAAAAAUCAACCUGCAUCAGCUUGAUCUGUCAGACACUUUCGCAUCUCUUUGAAUUCUUAAAAAUGCCCUCCCAGGUGAAAGAUUUGUCAUAUCAAGGCUUGAUUAACUCGGUGCUAACUAUCCUACAGUUGUGUAUUGGCACAGCUGUUCCCACCACUUCAGCUGGUAUCAAAAUUGGCAGACAUUUGAUCGGAUGCAUCAAGGUUCAGAGAGCAGGGAUAGAUGUUAUUGGUGCAAUCGUGCAAUGGACAGGGGAAGUCAAGGAAGUCGAGAAUGCAUUAAACCUUCUCCUUGAUUAUGUCAGAAACCCAGAUACAGACUGUACAGUUUUGAAGAAGACUCUCCAAGCUUUACUUCAGUGGAUGUUAUGCUGUAUUAAAGUUGCAGAUUCUGCCGUGUUUGAAAAUAAAUUGCAAGAGUUUAUUCAUGGAGACUUCAUAUCAAUAAUAAAGAAAAGACUGUUUGAUGUUCAUUGGGAGAUUCGUGACUCCACAGUUGAAUUUCUUGGCGAACUGUGUUUCCAGUUUAAAGAAAUUCAGAGUUUCUGCCUGUUAAUUGGGACCAGUGGACUUCCUCAUCUUGUUUUGGAGCUGCUUUCAGAUCCUGAAAGUUAUGUCCGUGCAAGUAGCAUUAUUGCACUGGGAAAGAUGGACUACCUCUCUCCCAAUUGGCAAACUUUAUCAAAUGAGAAGAAUUUAAUGGAAGAGAAGAAGAUUAUUCUUUCCAGUUUGUUGGACAUUUUGAACCAAGAUACGGAAGGGUUCCCGAGGAGGGCUGUGGUUAAAGUGUUCGCCGAUUGGGCAAAAAAUAGCCACAAGCUCAGCUCGUGUGAAUUGGCGGAUGUGGUUCCUGUUGUUUUGAAGAUCGGGGGCUAUGAUUUGGAUUGGGAGGUCAAAAUGUAUAGUCUGGAACUGGCAGAAGCUUUCAUAGAUGGGUCACCAUUCAAAUCAAUAAACUCGUACGCUGAUGCAUUGCCAAAUAACAUAAGGUCAACGCAGGUGAGAUGUUUUCUGCAGAACCUCUGUGAUACGGGAAUUUUUGAUAUCUUAUUUCACGCUUUAUGGGAUUGUGAUAGACCAGUGGCUCAGGAAGCAUGCAAGAUACUAAUGAAACUAAAAACGACUGCUUCACGUGCUGACAGCAUUGAAAAUGUCAAGAAUCUGAAUGGAUACAAACCAAACAGUGAAAGUUUCCACAGCUGGCUUUCUGAUAAUCACCUAAAUUUGAAAAAUGUGGAGGAUGUCAUGGAAGUUUUGAUAACACUGGACUUGGAAUAUCAGCACCAGCACCUCACAUGUAGCAGUGAUCAUAUUGAGACCAGUCUUCGAUCUCUGCUCCAAGAUAUACUGGCAGCUGCUGAGAACUCUGAGGAAAAUGAUGCAGACUGCUACUAAUCUGCCAUUCGUUGUAAAAAUGUGGAAUGCUAAAUAUGUAACAUUCAUAUAAAUCAACCUUUAUCAACCGAACUUGAAGAUCCCGCUUAGUCAACAAAUGUAUUUUCUUAUGAUUGCAAUUGAAAUUAAAUAAACUCCUUUUUCUAACCCUGGU